CGCUGCCUCAGAGAGGCGGGCGGGGGCGCGCACUGGAGGAGAGCGGAGCUCCGGGAGAGGCAGAAGAGGAGAGCCGGGGCCCUUUGUUGUGUGUCUGUGGCCCCUGGAUGGACAAUGCAUGAGGAAGAAGAUGGAAGGAGCUGAGCUGUGCACAUAACCCAGAGAGGAGCCCCUGGCUGCCCCCAGUCUGUGCCUCAAGGAAGUCCUGUCAGCAUUGUACAGUGCAAAGGUUAAUCUAUCAGCUAGCACACAGUGUGCACCCUACACCUUCUACACACACACAGGGUGCACCUUCCCCUUCUACACACACUGAGCACCCAACACUGACACACACAGGGUGCACCUUCCCCUUCUACACACACUGGGUACCCAGCACUGUACAUUCAGCACUGACACACACACACACUGGGCACCCAGCACUGACACAGUGGGCACCCUGCACCUUCCCCUACUGAACAUAGUGGGCACCUAACACCAAUACGCUGGGCACAUUGCACCCUCUUCCUGCUAUGAGCACCCUGACUCCGGCUGCAGCCUGACCUGGAGGAGCCGCUCCUUGCCCCUGGAAUUUGCCCCUCUCACCCCCUCCACCAUGGAGGAAUGGAGACAAUGUGGCCGCUGGCUAAUAGACUGCAAAGUUCUGCCCCCCAACCACAGGGUAGUCUUGCCCUCAGCCGUGGUCUUUGAUUUAGCCCAAGCUCUCCGCGAUGGGGUCCUGCUGUGCCAGCUUCUUCACAACUUAUCCCCCGGAUCUAUCGACCUCAAGGACAUCAAUUUCCGCCCUCAGAUGUCACAGUUCUUGUGCCUGAAGAACAUUCGAACAUUCCUGAAAGUCUGCCAUGAUAAAUUUGGAUUACGGAAUGCUGACCUUUUUGACCCGUUUGACCUUUUUGAUGUUCGGGAUUUCGGGAAGGUGAUCUCAGCACUGUCCAAAGUCUCCCAUCAUGCCAUUGCACAAUCCAUUGGAUACAGGCCCUUCCCCUCGGAGGACACGGCAGAAAACGAUGACGACAUAUAUCGCAGUCUGGAGGAGUUGGCAGAUGAGCAUGACUUGGGUGAGAACGACACUUAUGAUGUACCUUGUGAGGAGGAUGACAUUUACGAAGACAUCAUCAAGGUGGAGAACCAACAACCGAUGAUAAGGUAUAUGCAGAAAACGGGGAUGACUGAAGAUGAUAAGAGGAAUUGCUGCUUAUUGGAAAUUCGUGACACAGAAGACAAAUAUUACAAGACGUUGGAAGACAUCAGAAUGAAUUACAUGGUACCCCUGAAACAGAUACUUACGGCUGCUGAGACUGCUGUCAUUUUCAUUAAUUUGGAGGAGCUCAUAAAAGUCCACUUCAAUUUCCUGAGGACCAUUGAGAUGUCUAUCAUGUCCGGUGGCAGCACCAUAGGCCAGGUCUUCCUGGAUUACAAGGAGAGGCUUCUUAUAUAUGGAGAGUACUGCAGCCAUAUUGAAUAUUCCCAGCAGACACUGGACCAGGUUAUGGUUAUGAGGGACGAUGUCAAGAUCAAAAUUGAGGAAUGUUCUAUGAAGGUUCAGGAUGGGAAGUUCAAACUGCAGGAUCUGAUGGUGAUCCCAAUGCAGAGAGUACUAAAGUAUCACCUCCUGCUCAAGGAACUUCUCAGUCACACAUCAGACUGUCCAGAAAGACAUACACUGAGAGAGGCUCUAGAAGCUAUGCAGGAUCUAGCCAUGUACAUUAAUGAAGUAAAAAGGGACAAAGAGACCCUGAAGAAGAUUGGCGAGUUUCAGAAUUCCAUAGAAAACCUGCAAGUAAAACUGGAAGAAUUUGGAAGACCAAAGAUAGAUGGAGAACUGAAGGUCCGAUCAAUGGUCAACCAGGCGAAGCAGGACAGGUAUUUGUUCCUGUUUGAUAAAGUUGUCAUUGUGUGUAAGAGAAAAGGGUACAACUAUGAGCUGAAGGAAAUCAUUGAACUGCUGUCCCAUAAAAUGACAGAUGACCCCAUGAACAACAAAGACAUCAAGAAGUCACAUGGCAAGAUGUGGUCAUACGGCUUCUUUUUGGUGCACUUACAAGGGAAACAGGGCUUCCAGUUCUUCUGCAAGACAGAUGACAUGAAGAGGAAGUGGAUGGAGCAGUUUGAAAUGGCAAUGUCAAACAUAAAGCCAGAGAAAGCCAACUCCAACCACCAUAACUUCCAGAUGUUCUCCUUUGAAAAGACGACUAGCUGUAAAGCCUGUAAGAUGUUUCUGAGGGGCACAUUCUACCAGGGCUACUACUGCUCUAAGUGCGGGGUCGGUGUACACAAGGAGUGCCUCGAAACAAUCCAUCCAUGUAAAAUGGGUCCCAGUGAUGACAUGGUAAGAUAUUCUGCUCCGCCCAUUCACUCUCCAAGUGCCUCUAAUGCCUCAGGGGCAGAUCAGGAUCCUCUAAUCACAGUAUCUGGACCCAAGAUGGUAGCAAUACAGAAUUACUAUGGAAACCCUGCUCCUCCGGGAAAGCCAGUGUUAACAUUCCAGACUGGGGAGGUGAUUGAGCUGCUGAGGGGUGACCCUGAUUCCCCGUGGUGGGAGGGACGCUUGCUACUGACUAAAAAAUCGGGUUAUUUUCCCAGCUCUUCGGUUAAGCCCUGUCCUGUGCCGAUGAUCCGCCCGGACUACAGUAAAUAUCCCUGGUUUGCAGGAAACAUUGAACGGCCGCAAGCGGACAAUCUCCUAAAAGCCCAUGUUAGUGGAACGUACCUUAUCCGGGAGAGGAUAGCAGAAGCGGAGCGAUUUGCCAUCAGUAUAAAAUUUAAUGAUGAAGUAAAACACAUCAAGGUUGUAGAGAAAGACAGCUGGAUCCACAUCACAGAAGCCAAGAAGUUUGAAAGUUUAUUGGAAUUGGUGGAGUAUUAUCAGACACAUUCCCUAAAGGAAAGCUUCAAGCAGUUGGACACAACGUUAAAAUACCCCUACAAGCUCCGCACCCGCAGUUUACCCAAAUCCCCAGCUUCCUGUGCUUCCUACAACUUUUCUUUUCUCAGUCCUCAGGGCCACAACUUCCCUUGUCAGAAUCCGUCCACUCCAUUCUGGUCAGUGUUCACGCCUCGUCCCAUAGGGACCGCAGUUGCCAGGUACAACUUUGCUGCCAGGGACAUGCGAGAGCUGUCUCUACGGGAAGGAGACAUCGUGAAAAUCUACAGUCGGAUGGGAGGAGACCAGGGCUGGUGGAAAGGAGAAACAAAUGGAAAAAUCGGCUGGUUCCCCUCCACCUAUGUAGAAGAGGAAGGUGUUCAGUGACGGUGGGCCCACGGGUGAAAUUUACACCCCUUCCAGACUUCUGUCAUUUUUUGCACAAUGGAUGGGACUUUCCUACAGAGACCUCUGUGGCCCAUGCACAGGCUAAUGAACUAUCCCAUGCCUCUUCUCCUGAUCGAUGGUCUUCCUUGUUGGUAUUACAUGUAUAUAAGAUUUAUAAUUCUGAUGGCAGUGGAAUAGGAAGAUGCACUGUAACAUGGAAUGUUGGUUUUGCCUAUUUUAAAAAAAAAAUUAAAGUAAAUCAGUUUCUG